AUGGCACCCACUAUUCACGACCCACUCAGCAUGGACCUGUCGUCUGCAACAACAGACCUCCUCGAGUUCCUUGAUACCCAGGCUCAUGUAAAACUCACAGAACGAAUCCUGUCUCCGGCACAGCGUCAUGUCCUCGUGGUCUUUGCGGACGGUACAGCCUCACUCACCCGCGUCGAAACCAACAAGGCGCUUAACAUCAUCUCGUACCUGCUCAAGAACGAGCAUUUUUCCAUCAAGAUCGUGGAGCUCUUCAGACCGCUUGUCCUCGAUCUGGUGGCUCGCUGGCUUGCGGCUGAUACAACCUCAUCGCCCUUGAUCGGACAAGACAGGAGCGUGCCCGAUGCAGAUCAUAACAAAAAUUCGCAAAAGGAUUUGGAAAGCAUGGCUCGGGCUUUUGCGUUGAUACUUCCUAUCGUUCCUCAAGUCAAGAGUUUUGCUGUCCGCCUCUUUUCACAAUAUCCGUCGCCACUGGAAUGGCUUAAUACACUUACGGAAAAAGACUUUCGAUCACCUUCAGAGGAUCUGACCAGGAGAGCUCAGGACACCAUGAUGACCUGCUUCCGCCUCCUGAACUUUUCUCAAUCGACAUUUGCGACGCUCUGGGACUGGACGCCUGUCUACAACUUGCUUUCACACACAGACGAUGCACUGAAAUACCUCGUUAUUCGAUGCCUCGCCAUUGUACUCGACAUCAGGGAUGACCAGAUCGGCACGGCCCUCAAGGCUCAUUUGACACCCGGUACAGAUAUCAGCUGGAUUGCAGGAUCGCAAAAGUACCGGGCUGACUUGCUAACACUGAUGGAACAGGAUCGUAUCUCCGCAGCUCAGCUUGCAUUAUUCAAAAACUCAGCAAUAUCAUCGGCAGAGGACGCACAUAGACGCAUCACAGCGGAGGAUCUAUCGCCAUUGACAGUCAAUCUUUGCGGAGUUCUACUUGCGCGGUCGAACAAUACGCAUCCAGAGCAGUCCAUAUUGCCGGAGCAUAGGCUGGUCCUCACGGAAACAACAAAACAUAACCUGCACUCUAUUGGACUCGCCUUGUCGAUUGGUGCUCCAGUAUUGCUCGAAGGUGUCACCGGAGCCGGAAAGACAGCACUCGUGGAAGAAGUUGCAAGAGUCACUGGUCGUGAUGACCUUGUGAAGAUUCAUCUCGGAGAUCAGACGGACUCAAAAGUGCUUCUCGGAACAUAUGUCUCAACAUCAAAGCCUGGAUCUUUCAAAUGGCAGGCAGGAGUGCUCACUACAGCCGUGCGCGACGGAAAAUGGCUCCUCAUCGAGGAUAUCGACCUUGCCCCCAUGGAGGUCCUUUCAGUUCUCCUGCCAUUGCUCGAGUCCAGGACACUGUUCAUUCCCAGCCGCGGCGAAAAGAUCCCCGCCCACGAGGGCUUCCAACUCUUUGCGACCAAAUCCAUGAUCCCAACACGAUCUGGCCGUAUGAUGGCCCGCAAUGUCAGUGGAACAGACGGAAGCAUCGGCGCCAACCUCUGGACCCACGUCCAGGUCAACUCCCUCUCGCACCAGGAGCUGUCUCAGAUCAUUCACGAGCGGUUUCAUGAACUUGGGGAUCAAGUUCUUCCAAACUUGAUCAUGAGCGUCUUUCAGAGUAUCUCGGCGACAUUUGCAUCACCAGAGUUUUCAUCGUCGCAGUCAAUGGUCUCUCGCGUGAUCUCUCCAAGGGACCUUAUGAAGUGGUGCACGCGUAUUGAUACACUCAUCAAGGCAAAGGGAGGAUACAUGGCUCUUGGGAACUUGAUCAGCACUAAGAGAGGAGUCGACCCGGCCAUUCUUCAGGAUCUGUUUUCGGAGGCGGUGGAUUGUUUCUGCUCCAUGAUUGCGGAAUAUGACGUCUGGGAGAGAGUUCUGAUCCGUCUCGGUGCGGCGCUGACCAUUCCUGAACAGAUGGUCCGACACUACAUCAAUGCAUAUAUUCCGGAUCUCAACGACAGGGAUCCCAACACCAUCACAAUCGGCCGUGUCACAUUGCCGAUUCUGAGUACGGAACAGGGUGGAGCACGAAAAAGAAGCAGGCGCUCGGAUUUCGCAAAGACUGCUCAUGCUGCCAAGCUGAUGGAGAGAAUUGCAGUGUCCGUUCAUUUGAACGAACCGGUAUUGCUUGUAGGAGAGACCGGUACAGGAAAGACGACAGUUGUUCAGCACCUGGCCAGUCUUUUGAACCACAACCUCACGGUUAUCAACUUGUCGCAGCAGUCGGACUCUUCAGAUCUCUUGGGAGGGUUCAAGCCGGUGGAUGUCAAGGUGCUCGCGGUACCGUUGAAGAACAUGUUCGACGAUCUGUUCUCACGAACCUUCUCCAGGAAAAAGAACCAGCAGUUCAUCAACCUCGUCGACAAACUGUAUGUUCACAGCAAAUGGGAGGCAUUGAUCAAGACUUGGUCCCAAUCCAUUCAGAUGGCCGAGAGCAAGCUGGAUACCAGCAAGCAAUCGACAGAAGGAGGCGAGUUGAGCUCCUCCAAGAAGAUUUCUCCGACACUCUGGAAGGAUUGGCAGGCGUUCGCGGACCAGCUGGCAACACUCAAGGAGACCUACUCUGCAUCAUCCGCCAAAUUCGUGUUCUCGUUCUUAGAAGGAGCACUGGUCAAGGCGGUGCGCCGAGGCGACUGGAUUUUGUUGGAUGAGAUCAACUUGGCAACCACAGAGACAUUGGAGUGUCUGAGUGGCCUGCUUCAGGAUGAGAGCGGUAGUAUCCUGUUAGCGGAGCGAGGUGAUUCUGAACCGGUCGUGCGCCACAAGAACUUCCGGGUGUUCGCCUGUAUGAACCCUGCAACGGAUGUGGGCAAGAAGGAUCUUCCUCCGGGUCUUCGCAACCGCUUCACGGAAUUCUACGUCCAUCCGCCAGAUGCCCGACGUGAGGACUUGCUGGAGAUCAUCAGGAAAUACCUCGAAUCCUCGGCCGUGGGAGACAAUCGCGCCAUUGCCGACAUUGCUGAUUUCUACUUGGCGGUAAAGGCGCUGAGUAACGCACACAAACUUGCGGAUGGUGCGAACCAGAGACCUCACUUUUCUAUGAGAACAUUGACCAGAGCCCUGCAAUUCGUGCGCGAGAUCGUAUCGACAUACGGGCUGCGGCGGUCGAUCUACGAGGCGUUCAGUAUGACAUUCCUCACCCAGCUCAGCAAAGAUAGCGAGCGGGUUGUGAAGGCCCUUGUCGAGAAACACUUGCUGAACGGCGUUAAGAACCCACGACAGCUUACUACGCAGGUUCCUCGUAAACCCGAGAUAAGCGAAUCGGGCAAGGAGCUGAUUCAGUUCGGUCAUUUCUGGCUCCAGUGCGGAUCUCAUCCGAUCCGGGACGAUGGCCAAUAUAUCCUGACAGCGUCGGUCGAGCACAAUCUCAACAAUCUUUCCCGCGUGGUCAUGACAAGGCGUUUUCCUAUCCUGAUCCAGGGUCCCACGUCCGCAGGAAAGACCUCGAUGAUCGAGUACCUGGCCCAUCGUUUGGGUCACAAAUUCGUUCGUAUUAACAACCACGAGCACACGGAUUUGCAGGAGUACAUUGGAACGUACAUUUCAAAUUCUGAUGGGCAGCUAGUCUUCCAGGAGGGUGUAUUGGUCGAGGCCCUCAAGAACGGAUACUGGAUUGUUCUGGACGAACUCAACUUGGCGCCGAGCGAUGUCCUCGAAGCUCUCAACCGCUUGCUGGACGAUAAUCGCGAGUUGGUUAUCCCCGAGACUGGUGAGAUUGUCAAGCCCCACCCGGAUUUCAUGCUGUUUGCAACUCAGAACCCCGCAGGAUUGUACGGAGGACGUAAGCAACUCUCCCGAGCAUUCCGCAACCGUUUUCUGGAGCUGUUCUUUGAUGAGAUCCCAGAGAGCGAGUUGGAGACGAUUCUUUCCCGCCGCUGCACAAUGGCACCAAGCUACUGCAAGCGUCUGGUCGAGGUAUACAAGAAACUGAUGGCCCGUCGUCAGACGACUCGUAUCUUUGAGCAGGGACAUGGAUUUAUCACUCUACGUGAUCUGUUCAGAUGGGCAGGUCGUGGCGCUGGUAGCUAUGACGAGUUGGCGAUGGACGGCUAUAUGAUCUUGGCGGAGAGAUGUCGCAAGGACGAAGAGCGCGCUGUCGUGAAGGAGGUCUUGGAGGAGGUCAUGAGAAGCAAGAUCGACUUGGAUAUCAUGUACAACUGCGCCGAGGUUCGUGACUAUAUCGAAAAGUUCCACGGCGGUUGUGAAAACGUGGUCUGGACCAAGGCUAUGAAGCGACUCUUUACUCUUGUGAGCCGCUGCCUCAAGAACAACGAGCCCGUGCUGCUAGUCGGAGAGACCGGAUGUGGAAAGACGACGGUCUGCCAGAUGUUGUCGGAAUACCUCGGCCGCGAGCUGGUGAUCGUCAACUGCCAUCAGAAUACCGAAACUGCGGAUCUGCUGGGAGGACAGCGACCCGUUCGUAACAAUCAGGGUCUAGUUGCCACGACCAAAGUGGAGCUCACCAACUUUAUCUCAAAACUCGGCGGUGAGAUCACAUUUGUCACAGAGGAGGCGGAUCUGGAUGUGGUCGUUACUGCAUUCGAGCAGUUCGUCAAGGCUAACCAGCUCGAGACAAGGACGCUGGAUGAUGGUACGGAACUCAAGGCGAUGGUCGCGGAGCUACGUCGCGCCUAUCGCCAGGCCACGACUCUGUUUGAAUGGCACGAUGGUCCCUUGGUGCAGUCGUUGAAGGAGGGCCACUUGUUCUUGCUGGACGAGAUCUCGCUCGCAGAUGAUUCUGUUCUCGAACGUCUCAACAGUGUUCUCGAGCCACAUCGUCUUCUUGUGCUUGCAGAAAAGGGAGGCAAGACAGUUGAGGUCAUGAACGGCGUUCCAGACUUCCAGUUCCUCGCCACCAUGAAUCCUGGAGGCGAUUAUGGAAAGAAGGAACUGUCUCCUGCGCUCCGCAACCGUUUCACAGAGAUCUGGGUUCCUGCUGUGACGGACCGCGAGGAUCUUGUCAAGAUCAUUUCGGAGCAAAUCAAGUACAGGGAGGAAAUGACUGGAUUUGCAGAGAGGGUCCUUGACUUUGUGGCCUGGUACACUCAUGAGCUGGGCAAGAGUCGCGUGGUGGUCAGUUUGAGAGAUAUCUUGGCCUGGGUUCGAUUCAUGAACGCGCUCAUGGAAAAGGGUCAGUUGACUGCCGAGGAGGCGUUCGUGCACGGAGGAAGUCUUGUAUUGCUUGAUGGACUGGGAUCGAAUGCCUCUGCUGGAGGAGCCUCGCUUACGGGAAACCUGCUGAAAGAGUUCCGACUAAAGUGUCUUGCUGCAUUGAGCAAGGAUAAUCGUGUCUUGCAGCUCGGUGAGGCCGCUGUCUUUAGGGAGGGAACUGGCACUGUCAAGAGUAUGGGUGACGAGUUUGGAAUUACGCCUUUCUUUAUCAAGAAGGGUGAGUUGGAGGACCAGAAGAUCAAGUUUACGCUUUUGGCCCCCACCACCACCGAUAAUGCUAUGCGAGUCCUACGUGCGCUUCAACUCAAGAAGCCCAUUCUUCUGGAGGGUUCUCCAGGCGUCGGAAAGACGUCUCUCAUUUCUGCACUUGCGGCGGCAUCGGCGCAUAAUCUGGUCAGGAUCAAUUUGUCAGAACAAACAGACUUGAUGGAUCUCUUUGGUUCGGAUCUUCCUGUGGAAGGCGGAAACAGCGGAGAGUUCGCCUGGAGAGACGCACCAUUCCUUCAGGCGAUGAAGAGCGGAGACUGGGUCCUGCUGGACGAGAUCAACUUGGCAAGCCAGAGUGUCCUUGAGGGUCUCAACUCCUGUCUGGAUCAUCGCGGAUCUGUCUAUAUUCCUGAGCUGGAUCGUACGUUUGAGUGCGACAUGAACUUCAGAGUCUUUGCGGCUCAGAACCCACUGCAGCAAGGAGGCGGUCGAAAGGGUCUUCCCAAGUCCUUCGUCAACCGUUUCACACAAGUCUUUGUGGAGCAAUUAACUGAUGGUGAUAUCCUGUUUAUUUGUAAGCACCUGUUCCCACAAGUCGAAGACUCGAUGCUGCACAAGAUGAUCGAGUUCAAUUACCAGAUGUUUGAGGAGACGAUGGUCAAGCAGAGCUUUGGACGCAAGGGUAGUCCCUGGGAGUUUAACCUGCGUGAUGUUUUCCGCUGGAUGGAGCUAAUGACUCUGCCGGACCACGGCCUCGGAUUCAACCACGAUCCUUCGGAGCACUUUGAUCUGAUCUACCUGCAACGUAUGAGAACUGAGGAGGAUCGUGCUGCUACCACCGCACUCUUUGAAAGGAUCUUUGGCCAGCCAUACGCCCGCAGCAAGUCACCAUAUUACCACUUGGAUGACAAGCACUUGCAGGUCGGACACUCGCUUCUGCCUCGUCGCCAUGGAGACACUAGUAACGUUCUUGGAAAGGACCUGCAUCUGCUUCAGUCCCUGCUGUCGCCUCUGGAGGGUCUGAUGAAGUGUGUGGAAGUGAAUUGGAUGGCUAUCCUGACAGGACCUGCCUCGAGCGGUAAGACUUCUAUCGUCCGGCUUUUGGCAAAUCUGACCGGCAACAAACUGGAGGAGUUUUCGAUGAAUUCGGGUGUCGACACGAUGGAAUUGUUGGGUGGUUUUGAGCAGGUCGAUAUUGCUCGUCAUCAAGAGCACAUCAUGUUUGGCCUCUCCCGUCUUGCCAGCCGUAUUUCCCGCGAGAUGCUGUUGAUCGGGACUCGUGGUCAGACCAGCAGCGUGUCCUAUGCGCGAGAGAUUAGUCAGAAUCUUUACCUUCUCCAUUCACAGGACAAGUUCGCCAAGCGCGGUACGUUCGAACGCAACCUUGCGGAUGAACGUGUGAUGCGCAACAAUGCUACUGAGUCCCUGCUGAACCAGCUCCGAUACCUGGUCCAGGAGUUCAAGCUGGAUUUCAUCAAAGAGAUUGAAGAGCUGGAUGAGAAGUUCAAGGUCCUUCGUGGAUUGGAGGUGACGUCUGUUAGUGGGCGCUUCGAGUGGAUUGACGGAUCGCUGAUUAACGCUUUGGAGCAUGGAUAUUGGCUCUUAAUCGACAACGCCAACCUGAGCAACCCCUCCGUACUGGAUCGACUCAACUCGCUCAUGGAGCCGAACGGAACAUUGAUGGUUAACGAGCGCGGUCUGGUCGACGGCGAGGUGCGUAUUAUCCGACCGCAUCCCAAUUUCAGGAUCUUCAUGACCGUUGAUCCACGUUACGGUGAGCUGUCCCGAGCCAUGAGGAACCGUGGUGUGGAGAUUACCCUUGUUGACGCGGAGUGGAUCAACAAUACACAGGACUCCCUCAAGAUUGCCAACUCUCUCGGCGUCCGAGGCUCAGGUGUGCCGACCAUGAUCAGCCAGAUCCAUCACUACAUCCACGACUACUUCAAACUGGUCAUGCCCUGGAAGACUGUGCAUGCUAAGGAUAUGCUGCUCUACACACGAUUCGUUGUCGAGCGUCUUCAGCGUGGAGAGCCUUUGGAAAUGGCGCUUCGUCACGGUGUCCAGCAAGUGUACGCUGUUGAGGGCGAGAACCACCUUGAGUUACCCAUUGUUGGGUCGCUGCAGGCUCCUUCGUUUGUGCUGGAACCCAGCUACGAGAGCACGUUGUCUGUUACGAACUGCCCUCACUUGCUGGAGGGACGUAUGUUUUCACAAGAGUCCAAGCUGGCGACGGUCUCGUUGCAUGGAUCGUACCUCAUGUAUUUGCUUCUGCUGAAUGGUGCUACGACCAUGACUUGGACCGCGGCGCAUUACUUUUUGGAGACAAGCUCAUUGUACGAUGUAGAGAUGCGUAAGACAUGGCUCCGGAACUUGUUAGAGACUCGCGAUCUGGAGGACUUGAGCAGGGCGCAAGCAUUGAUGGUGGAUCAUAUCUUGGAUCAGCUGGCCCAAAGUCCGUUGAUGCCUCGUCUUGCAGGUCUCAAGGUGUCGUUAGCGACCAAGUUAUCCCUUGACAAGGCCCUCUUAGAAUCUCAGCCUGCGGACAUGCGCUUGAACCCCAAUCUGUUCUGGGCAAUUGAUCGACUGUGCCAGACCAAUGAAAUGGCCAUGGAAGACUGGCUCGAGUACCAAGCCGUCGCUCGUCUGAUUGGCCUCUUCAUCCGUGUCAAGAAGUUUACCUACAUUGAGGACAAGGUGUACGCACAGGCCCGUGGCAAGAAACCCAACACCGUGCAGAUUUCCUACCUUCAUCAGCGUCAACUCUGGGACAAGCCCUUGCAGCACCAGGUCGUGGCCGAGAUUAGCCCUUGCUUGAAUGCCAUCAGGAGCAUUGUCACUCAGUGGAUCACUGGUCUGAAUGGUCUGAGCGACGAGAACGCCACAAAGAUGCAUCUGUUCUUGGACAAGCGCGAUAUGGUCUGGGAAACUGUUCAGGAGCCAACUGUCAAUGUCGGCGAGCUCAUGAUCCUUGUCAAGAUGAUGGCUGAGUCCGGCGAAUUCUUACUCUCGAUCUCGCAGGAGUUCUUUGGCCCUCUGUUCCAGAGCCUGAACAUCAUGACAGAAGCCAUGGUCCUCACCACCGGUACCCUGAUGAAGAGCCUUUGGAGACGCCUCCACCCCUCUGUCUUGGCUUCGCAGGAGUUGGUCGAGGUUGAGGAGGAGCUGCUUAAAAUCGCAUCGACGAUUGAUGUUUGGUCGGAUGAGUCCAUUCUUGACAAGGACACCUUGGCGAAGGCGAGGGCUAUCGGUAGCAUGCCAGAGUUUAAGGAUACUUUGGUUGACGCCAUUGCGACCUUGUAUUUUGUGGACCAGAGUCCUGAAAACGGAGCUGUGCUGCUGAAGACUAUCAAGCACGUUCCAGCUCAUCUUCAAAAGCAAAUCGAGGGAGUUCAGAAGCAGCUCGAAGGAUACUCCAAGGUUAAGUCUGCAAGCCAUCAGGGCGCCGAAGACUUUAUGUACCCGAUCAUGGACUUCUCGAGCUCUGUGGCUGAGAUGGCACUUCUUUCAAAGCUGCAGCAGUCUUUGCCGCAGGGAGUCAAGUUGUCCAAGAAGGUCCUGGAUGAGAUCAAGGCUCUGCACAAGUUUUCGCUGAAGCGUACAACACGCUCAGCGGUCGACUUUGUCCCUCACAAGCGUUUGAUUUGGGUCUUUGAUUCGGACGCCAAAGAUGUGAACGAGAAUACGCAGGCUGUCUUUAACCGGCUAGUCCAGGACGUCUUACAUAACUGGCACGCGCGUCUUUGGAACAACGCCUUCAAGGAUGCUAAGUUCGAUUCCUUUGGUGGAAAAGUGCUCAAGGAGGAUGUGCGAGAGUUCACCGCUAUCCAGGGGCCGGCCAAGUUGUUCCAAAGCGUGGACACUGUUGCCUACUUCAACUACCUGACCACAUUGCCCAAGGCUGCUAUCAGCACGAUGGAUGUUCAGCUGGAGCAGACUCGCUCGUUGGUUGCUCACCAGGCUCGCGCCUCAAAGCAUAUUAAUCGCGUCGCAGCGUCCUUGAUCAAUUUGAUCUCCUCCAUCAACCUGCUGCUGGAAGUGAUUUGCCAAGUCCACGAAGAGAUGGAUUUUUCGGUACAGCGCGAGGCAUUGGAUGUGCUGGUUACAGCUCUGAGCACAGGAACUCGCCAGAGUCAUGCCUUUGCUGCAGGAUUAUCUGUCUUGGCCCGAUUCAAGCAAUCAGACGUGUCAGUCAAGCCAUCCUCCGUUGGUCGCCAUCUUGCUCUUUCGAUUUCACACUUGGCACAAUCCAUUCAGUUGUACCAGGUGAUCGGUGAUAGCGAGGUUCAGCUCCAGAGCCAUCACGGCAAGGCAUGGGUCAACAUUGGACUGACCUUUAUGGCGCUUUAUGUUCCCGACUAUUCCCUGGACCCCACCGCAAAGCCUCGCUUGAUGCUUCAUGCCCUUCGAUCGAAGCAGGAGGUACUGCAGUCCGAGAUCAAGGUCCGCCAGGAGAUCGAGAGUACGUUUACGGGAUCGCACGAGAACGCGGCCAUACGCGAGAAAAUCGAGGAACUGCGCCAAGUUGAGUACGAGAUUGAACACUUUGCACUCGAUGUGGCCCUUCGCCCCGUGAAGUCGCAGCUCGAAGAGCUCUUUAAACAAAUUUGGCAGAUUCAAAAGGCGGCCGUCAAUGCUGAGACCAUCUCUGGACUGAUCGAGAAGAUCGAGGCGACCAAGGAUGGAUCGCAGUUCGACCAGGAGAAGUUAUUCCAGGAUGUCACGCACGAGUUUAUCCGUCGCAAUGGACAGAAGUUCAGGGCGUAUAGGGAUAUUCUCCAACCUUUGGUUGUGGCAAUUUAUCAGGUCAAGUUUGGAGUCCGUCUUAUUGCUUCCGCGAGCGCGUUGAGCGAUGUCCAGGAUCGUGAGGCACUUGAAUCCAUUGUCACCUGCCUGGUCCGCGUUCCUGACUACCAUCUGGAGAGCUCGGACAAGUUCGACUCACUUCAUGUUGUCACUCAGCCAGCGACGCUCCAAGUCGUCAAGCGCACGGUCUUUGACAAGAACGUUGUCUCCAAGCCCUGGUCGUUUUAUCUCAAGUAUUUGAUCACCGCAUUGCAGCACCAGCGUCGUGCCGUAGCUGCCACUGGUAUUCUUGACAAGUCCUCGAUCGACACACUCGAUAACCUAUUUGCCGAGGUGACUGAUAUCUGGACCAAGGGCGAGGAGCAUGCCGCUAAGAUGGCAAUCGAACAAGAAUCGCUUUAUAAGCAGCGGGUGAACAAGUACGAAGGCCUUGACGAUGAUGCGAUCGACGAGGCCACAUUCAAGGAAAUGUUCCCAGACUUUGCGGACGAUUUCAAGGCCCCGGACGAGAGCAUGACCAUCCCCGACGACGAACCCAAAGAGGCCGUAGGGGUUCCUGCUGUCGAGGAGAAGACUUUUGAUGAGAAGGAUGUGACCAUUAUCGGUAAGAUGCACAAGUCAAUAUUUGGUGCAGCCGAGCUGGAGAAAUGCUCCGGAGCGACUAUGACCGCUCAGGAGCGCCGCGCGCGUAUCUGGGAUUGGUACAGUCGUGCGUCUGAGCUGGCAGAUGUGAGCGAGUGCUCCUUCGGGCAUCAACUCGACGCAGCCUCGCAAGGCGCCCAUUUGCUCUCGAGUGCCUUGAUGGAGGACUGGAUGAUGGGCAAGGACAACAACUACUGGUCCUCGGAACCUACGUACGACUUUUACAAGGACCAGAGGGUCGCGGAGGUUGUCAGAAUCGUGCCCAUUUUGCAGAAACUUCGCAACCGCCUCGAGGGUAUUCUCUCUGUGUGGUCCGAGCAUGCUAUCCUUGAAUCGCUUAUUGAAUUCUGUGACAAGCUGCUUGCCUUCCCCAUGGACUCGCCUGUGGCCAAGAUCCUGGCCGGUAUCGAAGUCCUGCUACUCAAGACCGAGGACUGGCAGAUAAACGCCAGCCGCGAAUACUCCGUUCUCGAGAACCAGGAGGAACUCAAGACGCUGAUCAUCUCGUGGAGACAGCUCGAGUUGACCUGCUGGCCCAAGCUGCUGGAGAUCCAGGACAAGAACCAGGCCGAGGGUGUCUUUGCGUGGUGGUUCCAUUUCUACGGGUCGAUCGUCAAGCCCACGCGCGACAUGGACCUGGCCUUGGAUGAGGGUCUCGAGAUCGAUAUCCCUGCUCACGUCAAGGGUCUCUUGGGUGUCCUCGACCAGUUUUUGCAGGCAUCCACUGUCGGCGACUUCCUGCCGCGCAUGGAUCUGCUCAAAUCGUUUCAUCGCCAUCUUCAGGUCCGCGGUGAGCUCACGCUUGCUGAGCGUCAGAGGCGUCAAAAGGAGGGCCGCUUGGAUGUUGUGACCGGAGCAAUCGCUUUGAAGGUUGCAGAUGCCAUCUGGAAUGUUCAUCAAUACUACUGCCAGUUUAUUGAGAAUGUUCAGACCUAUAUUUCUACCUCCAAGAAACCUAUCGAGAAGGAAAUGAAGGAGCACGUCAAGAUUGCUAGCUGGAAGGACACCAAUAUUCAUGCUCUGAAGGCCAGUGCACUCAAGACCCAUCGUCGCCUCAACAAGUUGCUGCGAAAGUACAGGGAUGUCCUCCGAAAGCCCCUUACGGACAUCAUCACUGCCUAUCAGAUGGAGACUCCUGUUGUCAAUGCUAACAAGAAAGGACAAGUCUUUGAGAUCGUUCAGCCAAAUGUCGAAAUUUGGAUCACGGACACCACCAUGGUGACGGAUAUUCCUGAAUAUACACGCAAGGUGUUUGAGCAGUCGAUCACGCCCAGCGCUAGCGAGACGUUGAUUAACCUAGCGACCACGUUCACGCGACUGAAGAAGAUCACUUCCAAGAACAUUGUUCUCACAAGUCCCGAGAGUGAGCCAUUAGAGGAGCUCUGCGGAGAUAUUAUCCAGCAGAUCGAGGACUUCCAGAAGGACACACCCUCCAAGAUGACCGAGGAAAACAGGAGCCAGCUCAAGAACAUGAAAACGAUCCGCAAGCGUGCCCUCGUUGAUUUGUUGAAGCUGUUGCAACGAUUGGGCUUGAACCGCCAUCGCAUGGUCCGUCUGGAAGAAGAUCUUUUGGGAUAUGUUUUCCAUUUGCCCCCGACUGAGAUCCAGGAUAUUGAGGCCCAGGCCAAGUUGGACGAUCGCGUUAUUCCUGCUAGUACACAGGUCGCUCAGCUCUGGAAGAAGUCGGACGACUACUUUUACAGGAUUGUUGCGCGCAUGAUGCAGCUCCGUAGUCUCUCACAGCAGCCGCCCAAGGAUAUCACGGUGGUCGAGGCUGAAAAGAGCCGAGGAUAUACCGAGCAUCUCGUUAACCUUGUGAUCGAGCAGAGACAGGAGCUGCAGUCGAUGAAGACCUCGAUGGAUACGAUCCGUGGCAUGGCUUCCCAGCUCCAGGGAAUUUUCGUACUUCCCAAGGACAAGACCGUCUCGCUCAACCUGAGCGGUCCACAGAUGCUGGUCCAGCAGAAGAAGGCGCUCGACAAGCUGUACGAUCUCUUUGCAGACUCGAUACUGGUCUUCGAGGCGUCCAUGCGCCACUCAACAUCGCCCGUGCGCGGUCAGAUGUUGACAAUUGUGCAAGGUGCCUUGGCAAGGACCAUGUCGCUCAAACAUGCGUUGGACAAGAUCGUCGAUCAAUGGUAUCUCAACCCUGUGGUUACCGCAGGUGUGUCUCCGGUCUUGACCAGCUCGACUUUGGAGACCCUUUCCCAGAGUUUGGAUGCUGUGCACGAGAUCGAGCAGUCUUUGAGCUCGGUCGUGGAACAGAUACCCGAGGCGCACUUCAUGAUCGCUCCUUUGCUCUGUCAGAUCUCCGAAUCGUUCCCACACCAGUGGUCGUCCCCUACUACUACUGCCGAGAUGGCAUUGUCGCUUGAGGGUAAUAACUCGAUCCGUCAGCUCGUCCAGGAUAUUAACGACGAGAUCGAUGGAUGCGUGACCUUUGUUCUUUUGAGAGUCCAGGACAUUAGCAAAAAGGCUAAGGCUAAGGCCAAUGCGGCUGCCACCGCGAACGGUCAUGCAGCUGAUCUUGACACAGCUGUGGAGGGUGAGGAGGAUGAUGAGAAGGAUGAGUAUGGCAUGCCCGAAAAGUUCAUCACGUUCGAGAACAAAAAAUUCGCGACCAUGCACCGUGCUCUCCAUAUGGAUUCCAUCAUCAAGAAGUCUCGAUCUAUCAACGAAAAGAUCCAGGCCCUCAUCCAGCAUCAGACCCAGAAUCAAGUUUCGCCUCAACAGACCGCAGCAGCCGAAGCCCUUGUGACAAUGCGCCUCCAGGAGCUCUAUCCGUUCAUUCAGCAGUAUCUCUUCUUGGCCCAACAUCAUUUGUUCCACUUUGUCCAGUUCCACAAGACCAUCAACAAGCUGACCUAUGUGCUUUGCAAUACUUUUUCGAUCCUCUUCAGCAAGGGCUUCUGUAUUCCAGAGAUGGAGCAGGAGAUGAAGGAAGGCGAAGAGGAGAGCGGUGUCGCUGGCACGGGUAUUGGCGAAGGUGAAGGUGGCAAGGAUGUCAGUGAUGAGAUCGAAGAUGAAGAACAGGUCCUUGGUACCCAGAAUGAGAAGAAGCAGGAUGAGGACGACAAGAAAGAGACUCAGGAGGAAGAUAAGGGUAUUGAGAUGGAGAACGACUUUGAAGGCAACCUCGAGGACGUUGAGCCGUCGUCUGACCAAGAGGACGAUGAUGAUGAUGACGAUGAUGAGGAGAAGGAGGAUCCAGAUGAGGCCAUUGGCGACGUCGACGAUGAUAAUCCCGAGGCAAUCGAUGAAAAGAUGUGGGGCGACGACGAAGCCGAGGAUGCUCGCGAUAACGAUAAGAUGAUCGAUGAGGACAAGUCGACCGAGCAGAACGAGCAGGAGAGCGACAUGGUUGCCAAGGACGAAGAGGAUUCUGGCAAGCAGGACGAUAAGAAGAAGAGCAAGAAGGAGGAGAAGAAGGAGAAGGGCAAGGACGAUCAGGAAGCCGAGGCCCAGGAGGGAGGCGAUGAAGAGAAGAACGACCAGCAAGCGGAGGAAGACGACGAGGCUGAAGAGGAAGAGUUUGAGGAUCAUAACGAUGAAGAGUCCGCAGAGCACAAGCCUGAUGAGCAGCAGCAGGUAGAGAUUCCUGAAGCCGAGACCUUGGACUUACCCGACGACUUGAACCUGGAUGGCGACGAAAAAGAGGGUGAUGAAGGUGAAGAUGAGGGCCCUGACGAGGAGCCUUUCCAGGAUCGGAUGGAUGUUGAAGAUCAGCUAUCGAAGGACAAAAAGGAAGAUGCCGGCGACGAAGAGGAGGAGGACGAACAGGAGGGCCAGGAGACGACCUCGGGUGAGAAGGCGGAAGAUGAGGAGAUGGAGGGGCCUGAGGAUAAGGACGAAGAUGAAGAGAUGGCAGAUGCUCUUGCUGCUGACGAGGAGAAGGAAGGGGAGGAGAAGGAAGAAGAGGAGGAUGACGAGGAGUCUCGUGAUGAUUCUCGCCAGCGACCGAACGAACAGGUGCUUUCCAAGAUGGAGGAGAACAAGCAGGAAGAGGAAGAAAAGGAAGAGGAUGAGGAGGAUGUCAAAGCAUCCGAACAGGAGGAGCAGCCCGACCAGAAUGCCGAGGCGAAGCAGGAGUUUGGUGUUGAGGGUGAGCAGGGCAAAGCCAACUCGAGCGAAACUCCCAAGGCCGAAGCCGAUAGCCAACGUUCGAUGGAGAGCGCGCCAACGUCUUCAAAGCCGGAUCCUACGAUGGAGGAGCAGCAGGAGCAACAAAACAGGCCCCAGGAGCUUGGCGAUGAUUCGCAAAAGGAAAGUCGCCCUUCGAAUGAGGAGGAUAAGGAGAAGCCCAGGAAGCGCGAGACCAAUCCUCAUCGUUCCCUGGCCGAGGCACUGAAGAACUGGAAGCAGAAGCUGCAGGACCUUGCUGACCCUGAGGAGGAGGAGGAGGAGGAGGAAGAAGCGGAGGAAAAGACAAAGGAGGACGAGGAGGCGAAGGAGGGCGAGGAGAUGGAGGUGGAUGAGAACCAGGCCUUUGAGUACCUUCAGAACGACGAUGAAGCUCACGAUAUGGAGACGAUGGGUAACGCCAAUGAGCAGCAGAUGCAGGAUCGUAACAAGGACCUCGCUGCCAUUGACGAGGAGCAGAUAAAGGAGGAUGAGAAGGACGAUCAGGUUGCCGAUAUGGAUGUUGAUCCUCAGGAUGAGGAUGUUGACAUGGAUCAGGGACCCCAGGAUCAGAAGCCACAGCUUGAUGAGGAUGCUAUGGAGCAGGCCAAGCCCGAGAACGCUGCCGGCGCAUUCUUCUCGCAGAAGAUGGACAAGAAGACGAAGGACCAGGAGGAUGCUGAAGAGGACGAGGAGCAGAAGAGGCGCGAGGCCGAUAGUGCCGCUACCGCGCACGAGCCACUCAAACCCGAAGAGAUCGAGGAACUCCGUCAGCAGCUCGAGGUAUCCCUCGGCAGCUGGAGAACGAGCGGACGGGAUCCCAAGGAAGCUCAAGCACUUUGGCAAAAGUACGAUAAUUUAACCCAGGACCUCGCUCUCGGUCUUUGCGAGCAGCUGCGUCUGAUCCUAGAGCCGACUCAGGCAACCAAGUUAAAGGGCGACUACCGCACCGGAAAACGACUGAACAUGAAAAAGAUCAUCCCUUACAUCGCGUCUCAGUUCAAGAAGGACAAGAUCUGGCUCCGUCGCACGAAGCCCUCGAAGCGCCAGUACCAGGUCAUGAUUGCGAUCGAUGAUUCGACUUCGAUGUCCGAGUCGCACUCUGUUCAGCUCGCCUACGAGUCCCUGGCGCUGAUCUCCAAGGCCCUCUCCCAGCUCGAAGUCGGAGAGAUCGGCAUUAUGAGCUUUGGCGAGCGCGUCGAUCUGCUCCAUCCGUUCGACCAGCCUUUCACAGGCGAGGCCGGCGCCAAGGUCCUGCAGCGGUUCGGAUUCGACCAGUCCAAGACCAAGGUCAAGGAGAUGAUGGAAGCUUCGAUUGCUCUGCUCCAGCAUGCAAAGAUGAAUCAAUCCGGCGCCGCACGAUCCCAGGAGCUGUGGCAGCUGCAGAUUAUUAUCUCCGAUGGUAUCUGUGAGAGUCAUGAGACCCUCAAGGCGCUGGUGCGGCAGGCGGCGGAGCAGCAGAUCAUGCUGAUCUUUAUUAUUCUGGAUAACAAGCCCGAGAAAGAGUCAAUCAUGAAGAUGACGACCGCCAGCUUUACGAGCGUGAACGGGAUGCCGAAGCUGUCGUUAAAUCCGUACCUGGAGACCUUCCCAUUCGAUUACUAUGUCGUGUUGCAGAAUAUCAAUAGCCUGCCCGAGACCCUUGCGGACGCACUUCGUCAGUACUUUAGCUUUGUGGCCUCCUAA